AUGAUCGUACUAGUAGCUUCUGACAUUGGAUCUCAAGUGCUCGUAAGCCUGGGUUUCGGUCAAGAUAUCUGGACAGUUGCGCCAGAUAACAUCACCCAAAUACUGCUUAUCUUCUUCGCCGAAGAAUUGUUCUACUCCUUUGUGGUAGCAGUUACAAAACUCUCAGUGAUCAUCUUUUACUUGAGGCUGUUUCAAGAGAGCUGGUUCCGAAAAGCCUGUCAUGGUCUGCUUGCUAUCACUACAAUGUACGGGAUUGGUCAAAUCCUCGCGAUCAUUUUUGUCUGUAGUCCAGUCUCAUACAACUGGACACGGUGGGAUGGGCAACAUGCAGGGCAGUGUGGUAAAGUCAACAUCAUGACUUUCGUGAAUGGAGGGACCAACAUCGCCAUUGACCUCGUCCUCGUCAUUCUACCAGUGACACAAUUCAUUACCGUGUCGUGGACAAUCUGGAAAAAGAUUGGCGUGAGCCUCAUCUUCUUAGUCGGAUUAUUUGUCACCGUAUCAAGUUGCAUAAGACUGGCUACAGUUACAAAAUUUGCGGACACACAGAAUCCAACAUUCGACUUCAAAGCUCUCUCGAUCUGGUCGCUCGUUGAGAUGCACGCGAGUGUCAUAUGUGCCUGCAUGCCGGGUAUGACGGCUUUCGUCCGACGCGUCAAGCCAAGACUGGGAUGUCACGCGGAGCACACGUCCGAACAGAUAAGGAACAAGCCUAGAACAGGGCGUUCCGUUGCGCGCCAGAUACGAGAGACGCUUAGCCGUAUCACGGCAGCAGCCAGAGAGGUGGGCAACAACUCGACGUGGAUCGGUUCUAAAAAGACUACAACAAGCACGAUGACUGGAACUCAACUGAGCACAAUUGAUCGAGACGCACCCGAGUAUCGUGACUAUGUCGUCUACGCUCCGUAUGCGGAACAAGGAGACAAAGCACUUCCGCAAACUAGUAUACGUGGUGAUAGAGCAAGUUGA